GGGAGGGAAAAGCAGAGAAAGGAAGAGAUAGGGGGCAAAGGCAAUUCCAUAUCCCCCACAGAGAAAGGUGGAGGGAAAGUGAACCGGGAAAAAAAGCUCUUUUUGUUCACCAUGCGAUGAUGAGGGUGAUGAUCAUCAUAAUGCCUGCAAUCCCCAACAGCAGCAAGCACCAAUACCACCACUAGCACCCUCUCCAAAAAGACAACACUCUGUUCUCUCAAACUUCAAAGCCUCUCUGUUUCCUAGUUCGACCUAUCUUAGAAUAAAAGAGGGGGCAAAAUGAGCAAUCUCAGCCCCAGUUACCAAUCUGACCCAAUGCAAUCAUGGUGAAACCCCAAGAUAAGGAGAAGGGAAUUAUCUGGAGAAGCUUGGUUUUGGAGCUAUGGCGAACAAGUGUGGUUGUUGGUCUGUUCUAAAACGAGGAGUUAAAACCGCUGCUUGCUCAUCCUCUGCUGCCAGAGACUCUGCCAACGCCAUCCCUCGCACUAGCCUUGUUUACGAUGCUGCUGCAGCUACAGAGACGAGGUACUUGAACGCCAGCAACCGAGAGCUCUGCGCGCCGAACGAAGCAAAACUCUCCUCUGACAAUCCCGAUCCGCCGCCGGAUGAGGGGAAGCCUCCCCGGCCGCUGCUGCAGUUCACCUUCCAGGAGCUGAAAUCGGCGACGGGGAAUUUCAGGCCGGACAGCAUUCUAGGCGAAGGCGGGUUCGGGUACGUGUUCAAAGGCUGGAUAGAGGAGAACGGUACUGGUCCGGCGAAACCAGGGUCCGGAAUCACGGUGGCGGUCAAGAGCUUGAAGCCUGACGGCCUUCAAGGACACAGAGAAUGGGUGGCUGAAGUGGAUUUUCUAGGGCAGCUGCACCACCAAAAUUUGGUGAAGCUGAUUGGGUAUUGCAUUGAAGAUGACCAGAGGCUGCUUGUUUAUGAGUUCAUGACAAGAGGGAGCCUUGAGAAUCAUCUCUUCAGAAGGACAAUACCUUUGCCAUGGGUUAAGAGGAUCAAGAUUGCACUUGGAGCAGCGAAAGGAUUGGCUUUCCUCCAUGGAGGCCCUGAACCAGUCAUCUACAGAGACUUCAAGACCUCCAACAUUCUGCUUGAUUCAGAGUACAAUGCAAAGCUAUCGGAUUUCGGCCUGGCCAAAGCAGGUCCCCAAGGAGACAAGACUCACGUCUCGACUCGAGUUGUGGGGACUUACGGCUACGCUGCUCCAGAGUACGUCAUGACAGGCCACUUGACAUCGAAGAGCGACGUGUACAGUUUCGGAGUAGUCCUUCUGGAGAUCCUAACAGGGAGGAGAUCCAUGGACAAGAAACGACCGAGUGGAGAGCAAAACCUAGUGGCUUGGGCAAGACCCUACUUAGCAGACAAGAGGAAGCUCUACCAACUAGUGGAUCCUCGCCUCGAGCUCAACUACUCGAUCAAGGCGGUCCAAAAGGUCUCUCAGCUAGCCCACAAUUGCCUGGGCCGAGACCCGAAGUCGAGACCCACCAUGGAUGAGGUGGUGAAGAUGCUCACUCCUUUGCUCGACCUAGGCGACCUUGCCAUCCUGUCUUACCACCAUACUAGGUUGUCACAACAGGGGAGGAGAACAAAGAAGAAGUCUAAUGAAGGGCUUCAUCAUCAUGGUCAUCGGUUGAUUAGUAAUGUUAAUGGCUCGUCGAAGAGCUUGAUGAUGGUUAGGGGCUCUCCCUUGAAUGCUUCUGGCAAGGAGCAGAGAUGUAAGUGAUUGAUUGGGUUGGGUUGAUUUGGUGAAAAUUUGAUUGUUGUUUUUGUUUUGGGGUCUUGAGCCAGGAUUCAAGGCAUACUUGCAGUUUGAUUUGCUUGACAAUUUGCUUGGUGGUGUAACUAAGAGAGAUGAUGAAAACAUAUGUAAUUUGUAUCCUUGUAAUUAGGGCUGCAAGUCUGAUCAUAGAUACCCAUUGAUCCGACUUGAGUCGAUCUUGAGAGUCGGGCUGAGUUAGUCUGUCUACAGGAUUAGGUUAGGGUCGGGUUAUGUUUUGGCUCUGAAAGGAUCGAGUCAGACAACUUUUUGGCCCUAUGACCAUAGCAACUAAUGAUUUGAAAUUACCGGGCAUGAUAACAUUGCUUAAAAAAAUCCUUUCUUUUUGCUCA